CAAAAAAAAAAAAAACAAAAAGAAAGAAAAGGAGGGCAGGAUGAAUCCCGGUUUUGGGAGUGUGCCAAUAACAAUCUCGGCUCGGAGGCUGCGCGGACCAUUUUUACUACCGAAAGGAGGAAGCAAGGCGACCAAGCAGGCAGGACACGAGCUCGGCUUCGACUGUGACGCCAGUCCGGGCUUGGGUUCAUUCCUUCAGGAUUGCAUUUUUUUUUUAAAAGAUACACACGGGCUUCCGCCUGUCAAAAACUGAUAGCCGAAAAACUGCUUAAUAGUACCUGGAUUUAAUCUACUCCCGACCGGAUUAUCACUUUGGAGGGAAGCGAAUUAAGUCAAACGAUUGCACCUGUUUGUUGAUACCCGCGAGUGGUGCAACGAGGACAGCACCGAGGAACCGAACCGACACCGAGACCGUACCCCGGCCGACAAGUUGUGCAUCUUGACUGGAGGUGGGGGGGGGGGGAAAUCUGCCAACAUGCCGCUCGCACAGAUCGCCGAGCCGUGGCCCACCAUGGAACUCGUCCAGCUGGAAACUGAGAAUGGCCAGAGCACUGUUGAGGAUGGAGUCACACCUGCAGUCAAGGACGAUGGUGAAAUCAAGGAAAUCAACAUCACCCAUGUGGUCAAAGAGGGCUCGGAAAAAGCAGACGCGUCUCACUUUGAGCUGCUCAAAGUGUUGGGUCAAGGCUCCUUUGGGAAGGUGUUCCUGGUGCGCAAGGUGACCCCUCCCGAUGACAACCAGCUCUAUGCCAUGAAGGUCCUCAAGAAGGCCACACUCAAAGUGAGAGAUCGUGUGAGGACAAAGAUGGAGAGAAACAUCCUGGCUGAUGUCAACCACCCCUUUAUUGUUAAGCUACACUACGCUUUCCAGACUGAAGGCAAACUCUACUUGAUCCUGGACUUCCUCCGAGGAGGCGAUCUCUUCACCCGACUGUCUAAAGAGGUGAUGUUCACGGAGGAGGACGUCAAGUUUUACCUUGCAGAACUGGCACUGGGCCUUGACCACCUCCACAGCUUGGGCAUUAUGUACAGAGACCUCAAGCCUGAAAACAUUCUCCUGGAUGAGGAAGGUCACAUCAAGCUAACAGAUUUUGGUCUGUGCAAAGAAGGCAUUGACCACCAUGAGAAGGCCUACUCCUUCUGUGGCACGGUGGAAUACAUGGCACCCGAGGUGGUCAACAGGGGAGGGCACACUCACAGCGCCGACUGGUGGUCAUUUGGAGUACUGAUGUUUGAAAUGUUGACCGGAUCGCUACCCUUCCAUGGGAAAGACCGCAAAGAAACCAUGAAUAUGAUUCUCAAAGCGCGUCUAGGAAUGCCUCAGUUCCUCAGCGCAGAGGCCCAGUCUCUGCUCAGGGCACUGUUCAAGAGGAACCCGGCCAACAGAUUGGGAUCGGGUCCAGACGGAGCAGAGGAGCUCAAACGUCACGGAUGGUUUUCCAACAUUGACUGGAAUAAACUGUUCCGCAGGGAAGUAAAACCUCCAUUCAAACCGGCAGUGGCGCGUCCCGAUGACACCUUCUACUUUGACUCGGAGUUCACCUCCCGUACUCCUAAAGACUCUCCCGGCAUGCCGCCUAGUGCCGGAGCUCACCAGCUGUUCCGAGGCUUCAGCUUCAUCGCGUCAAGUCUGUUGGAGGAGGAAGGUUCAUCGGAGCCCGUGCAGCCCCCACCGCACCCCGUGGUCCAGCAGCUGCAUGGGAAGAACUUGUUGUUCAGCGACGGCUACGUGCUGAAGGAGGACAUCGGCAUGGGCUCCUUCUCUGUCUGUAAGCGAUGCAUCCACAAGGCCACCAACACGGAAUACGCCGUCAAGAUGAUCGACAAGACCAGUACAGACCCCUCGGAGGAGAUCGAGAUCCUGCUUCGAUACGGACAGCACCCCAAUAUCAUAACGCUGAAGGAUGUGUACGACACCGGCAGGCAGGUUUUCCUGGUGACGGAGCUGAUGCGCGGAGGAGAGCUGCUCGAUCGGAUCCUCAAGCAGAAGUCGUUCUCGGAGAGGGAGGCCAGCGCUGUGCUGCACACCAUCACCAAGACUGUGGAAUACCUUCACUCGCAGGGGGUCGUGCACAGGGACCUGAAGCCCAGCAACAUCCUCUACGUGGACGAGUCCGGGAACCCGGAGUCCAUUCGGAUCUGCGACUUUGGCUUCGCCAAGCAGCUCCGCGCCAACAACGGCCUGCUCAUGACCCCGUGCUACACCGCCAACUUUGUGGCUCCCGAGGUGUUGAAGCGUCAAGGCUAUGACGAGGGCUGUGACAUCUGGAGUUUGGGAGUUUUGCUGUACACCAUGCUGGCCGGUUUUACUCCGUUCGCCAACGGACCCGAAGACACUCCCAACGAGAUCCUGAACAGGAUAGGCAACGGUCACUUCAGUUUGUCGGGGGGUAACUGGGACACGGUGUCCGACGCCGCUAAGGACCUUGUGUCCAAGAUGCUCCACGUGGACCCGCACCGGAGGCUGACCGCCAAGCAGGUCCUUGGGCACCCGUGGAUCGUCCAGAGAGACAAACUCCCCAACAGCCAGCUCCCACACCAGGACCCCAAACUGGUCAAGGGCGCCAUGGCGGCCACGUACUCGGCCCUGAAGAACUCGCAGCCCACCCCCGAGCUCAAGCCCAUCGAGAGCUCCUUCCUGGCACAGCGUCGUGUCAAGAAGCUUCCGUCCACCUCCCUGUAGACGCGCCCUGCGCACCCACCAGCCCAGCCAUCCACCCAACCAAGCAGGUCGCUUGGGAGGGCACCACCAGCCAAGGAACACUGACCGUGACCCUGAAACCCCCCCACUGAAAGAACUCAUGUUGGGAUGGCUAGCUGAUCGCCAUUUUAGUGGACCAGCCAAAGAAUACGGAUUGGGGGGGGGGGGUUGUUUGUAACGUGUGCGUGCGUGUACCUGCAUGAGCAACCAUGCCGCACAAGCCCGGCUCAGCCACCGUUUGAAGUCGUUCAGCUUGCUGCACGUUUAUCCGUCUGCCUGUUUUUGUCCGUUUCUGUCCGUACGUGGAUGCAUGCGUGUGUAAAGAAUGGCGACAGCUUUACAUUCGCGGCUUUGCGCUGCGGAAUCCCUUUUGCGCCGGCAGCACCACGGCUGCAGUAAAAUCCAAAAAUGCUGUUUGUUUGUUUGUUUUGUUUUCUUCUCUUCGGGGUGGCUUGAGGGGCAGGGACAGGAGAGAUGCGGGGGUAGUCGUGUGAAUAAACAAAAAUCUAAAAAUGUCUAUUUCUGCCAUAAAUGCCUCCUUUUGGCUUUGGUACUGCCAGAACAUCCUGGGAAAUGUCUGUUCUUCGUUUACGUACGUUUCUUUUACAGUGUCAGUUGCAUGACUUGCAGCGUGUGCCGUUUCCUUCUCUGUUUUUAUUCGACAAAACAUUUCGUACACUGGUGGCUUUCUGAGAAAGAGACGCGGCAUGUUUAAACAUCGAUAUUGGCUUUGCGGUUUUUUCUUUAUUCUUUCCUUUUUAUUUUCCCGAUGAUAUUUUGAACGCCGUUUUCCGUGCUGGCUGCUUUUGGUGUUGAUUUUUUGUCCAUGGAAAUUGUUGGUUUAAAUUAGUGCAAGACAAACUCGAGCAUAUGUGUUUAAAAAAAACAAAGAAAAAAGGUCUCGUUGUGUUUUUUUGACGAGGCCAAGCAGACUGUUCUAUCUGUGGAAUCGAGCCUGUUUUUUCUCCCUUCAUAUAUUGUAUUGAUCACUCACAAAAAGUUAGCGGUAUCGGACUUUCAGGGAAAAUUGGAGAAGUAACCUAACUUGCAGCUGAACUAAAUUUGAUCGCUAAAUUUGCACAACUUUCUGCUCUCUACUAAGGAAGCGAAUUUAAAAAUCCCCAACAGGCAUUUAAUCCAUUCACAUUUCCAAGGGCACUUUGACUUUCUGAGACUCUUCCAGUCUCCCUUUGUGGUCAAAUUCACGUUUAUUUAUUUUUUUGAUCAAUCGGUUGAUAAAUCACUUUUCUGGUUCAAUUAGAAUUUUCAUUUAAAGUCUCCUCUUGAUGAUUUUACGUCAUGAGACCAAAAUGACUCCUGACAAUUGAUAAACAGUAGACAGGAUUAAUGUCAUAAGAAAAUGACCACUAAAAGUUGAGCCUGUCAUCAGCAAGUUGAGCACUGGUAGAGUUGCUGAUAUUACACCUGAAAGUCCAUAUCCCAAACUUUUUUUUUGGGGGGGGGGGGUGGUUCUGUAUCUGUCAAGUCAAACUGGUUGUGAAAUCACAAAGACUUUUUCUCUUUUCACUGUCUAUUUUUUCUCUUUUUUUUUUUUUUACUUUAUCGAUGACAUCCAAGUGUCAACUUCCCAGGGUAGGUCCUGCUUUCAGCUCGGUGCCUAAAGGCCUACUUGACGGGGAACGUGUCGAAUGUCUCGUGAAAAAGAAGGGAGGGGUUGCGUGGCUCCCGGAUCGCCCACCCAGCUUUCUUACCUCAAAAGGGAUCAUAAAGUUGUGUCAUUGUUUUUUUUUUUUUCAUGGUGGUGGCAAAAAAAAAGACAUUGUUCCUUUGACUAAAUGUGUGGUGUGUCUUAUUGUAUGAUAAAGAUGAAGAUUUUUAUAUCUUUAAAAAAUAUA